UGGCUUGGAUGAGUGAGUUGAGGGAUUUAGAACUAGUAGUAGUGAUUGAGUGCAGAAGAAGCUGCUUAACAUAAAUGGGAUUUAGAAUUAGCAGUUCCUCCUCUUCAUCAUGCUUUUGUUUGCAACGUGCGCUUCUUCCUCCGUUAACAGCGAUAGCCACUUCUACUCGUGCCUUGAGGAGGAGUAAUUGCAUACCAAGUUGUUCAGUAUCUUAUCAAAAGUUUGUUGAGUUUGCAUUGGAUGAAACCAAACGCCACACUCACUUGAUCCCUUCGCCUUUACAGGAAAAGUUCAGUUUCAUGAAUUCCAAGGAUGUUAAAGGAAGUUUUAGUAUGCUAUCAUUUGAAGCUGCAAAAAUUAGGCUUCUACGAAGUUUGAUCAUUCAGACAGAAACAAUGCAGGUUUUGGAUUUUACUGUCUUUCCAAAAGCAGAAUAUGAUGUCCCCAUAUUUUGUGCUAACUUUUUCACCUCUGCUAAAACAAACAUUAUUGUGUUGGACCUUAACCCUGUGCAUGAUAUCAUCAAUCAGUAUGAGUACAAGGAGAAGUACUUUAAAAGCUUAAUUCCUCUUGGCCUUAAAUAUGCUGAGCUUUUUCCAUGGGGAGGGAAGCUCACAAGUGAGUCCAUAAAAUUUUUUUCGCCAAUUGUCAUCUGGACAAAGUUUACCUCAAACCCACAAAAAUAUGAUAUUUUGUAUUCCGCAUUUAGGGAAUAUUACAAGGUAUGGUUGGAAUUGAUAUGCAAAGCAGUUAAAGAGACAGAUGAAUCUCAGAUUUUCCACAAUCUCGAAGCACAACAUAGAUAUCUGACAUGGAGAGCUGAAAAGGAUCCAGGACGAGGUGUUUUGAAGAAGCUGAUUGGUGACACACUUGCCAAGGAUAUGUUGAGAAGCUUUCUCUUUAAUGGAGUCGAUGAACUUGGAAGCAAAACAUUCAAUGAUUAUUUUCCACAGUACUGCUGUCAAGAGGGAAAUCUAAAUAAAAAAGGCAAUAUUAUUGGGAAGUCCUUUGAAAAUCGCCCUUGGAAUGCUAGAGGAGAAUUUAUUGGAUCCUUCAGCUGGAUUGACGUUGAUGUGUAGCCUGAAGGCCAAGGCAUACUUACCGCGGUGCUGACAUUUGAUCUUUGGAAUAUUUUAGGUGAAUGACUGUAUACUGUAGAAGCUUGUGCACACGUUUGCAGUCAAACUUUUAAUAGGCAUGCCACUGGUUAAAAUUUCGGCUAUAGCGGUUCUGCAAGCGUACAAAAGACCGCUGCAAUUUUUGUAGACAAGUUAUGCUAUAAGAUGCUUGUAAUACAUAUGCUACGUCGACACAAAUUUUUGCAUGGAAAAAAAUUUCUGUAACAAAUCUCAGGCUCAGCACCUAUGGCUGUACGUGUUUGUACAUUCGUAUUGAAAGAUUCUAGUUAUAUAACUGUAGCUAUGUCCGAUUAGCUUCAAGUCCUAGAAAUUUAAAUGUAGUACUUUACCAUGCAGUUUAGAUUUAUUUGUAUAACCCAAAAAUUGUCACUCGAUUCAGUUUUUGGGUUAAAUCAAGAAUUUGUUGGAUACGAUUGGGCUAUGUAUUCGGCAUGCUGGCUAAAUUGGGUCUCUUUGUAAUUUGGGUAUUUUGGAAGUUGUGAAUUUCGAGUUGAUCCACCUGUCUCAUUUA